CGUGACUAAACGCGACUAAACACCAAGACCAAAGCCAGCUGCAGCCCAGACCUCUACGCUCUAGUACAAAGCAUCAUCGCGACGAAAGCAGCGCGUCAUGGCGGCUGCAGGAUACGAGCCGCCUGCCAAUGGUGUGGCGACUCGAAACAACUCUUAUUGCAGCAUUUUUGGACGAGCAGCGAUGGGGCCAAGCGCGGAGGAUGGGCACGCGACGCUCGUGGCAGCCCAGCUUGCACAAAUGCAGCUCAACGAAGCUACGGCGCCUGGGCUGUCGUGCUGGCAAGAGCGGAGGUCAGCGCUCUUGGCACGACGCGACGACAACCAAGCCGAGGGUACGGUCCGCGCCGAUCUACCAACGCACCUCUUCGUGCUCGUGCACGGCAACAAUGGCCACCCGACCGACUUUGACGUCGUCGCGGCCGCGCUCGUCGCCCAGUUCCCACCGGGCUCGAUUGCGAUUCUGCAAAGCAACGUCAACAUGCGCCAGAAGACGCGCGCUGGCAUUGCACAGUGCGGCCACCGCCUGGCAUUAGAGAUCCUCACCUGGCUCUUGACAUUCCGCGUCCCCGAUACGUCGUCGCCGCGGCGUCUCUCGAUGCUCGGGCAUUCGUUCGGCGGCCUCAUUGCUCGCCAUUGCCUUCCAUUCCUUCUGCACACAUUGAGCGCCAUGCACAUUCAACCGACGUCGUUUGUGACGCUCUGCACGCCACACCUCGGGUCGCGCAAGCCUGGCGGGUCCUUGCCGCGCGUCUUCUCCAAGUGGCUCGUGCACCGUAUUCUUUUGACGCAGCGCCUGUACGGCCAAACCGGCCUCGACCUCCUCGUCCUCGGUACCUCGACAGAUCAAGCGACGCUCGAGGCCAUGAGUGCGCCGGACUCGGUCUAUGUCCGAGCGCUCGCCGCGUUCGAACACCGGACGGCAGUCGGUCUGGCGACGGGCGACCACCUUGUGGCGCACGCUGCGUCGACGAUUUCACUGAGCUGCGCGGACGAGACCAAUCUCGCGCCCAAGGGCAUGUGGUCGUGGGCGGUCGAGCACAACGACUUUGCGCCGGCGCACCUCUCGCUGGCGCCUCCGUUGCCGACGCCGCUGGAGUUGGAGCACCGUGUCGAGUGCGUGCCGCAGCUCCACGACGGCUACAUCGCCGACGCACGGCGCCGCAUUGCCUUUACCAAGUCAAUGCUCACGGGCUUGCAGUCGGUGGGCUGGCGCCGUAUGCAUCUGCACAUUCGCGCGCCACUCCAGCACUGGCUCAAGCUGCACAAUUGGCCGCUCGCGAUCCGACAAGCACCGCUGGCCGAGCCUUCGUCCAAGGCCUUUGUCGCGCUCCUCGCGUCCACCUUGGCCGUCGACCACGGAAUUGCUGGGCUUGACAGCACAAAAACCGACGUGUAAAUGAUCAGUCGCCAGCUCAAGUUAGAGCACCAGUAGAGCGUUAGGAGUUGGUAUAUUGACGCGACGUUGCAGUUGGACUCGGU